GCCAAGUUAUCACUUACCAGUUAAGCUACGUAAAACCUUUUGGAGCCAGCUUCAAAGUAACCCCAGAAACUACUGAAACGGAGGUCAAUUUUAAGGAAUGUUUUCAGAUCAAUGGGACGUCUGAGAAUCCCGUUACACCUCAAAGCGUGUUUCCUAACUUAACAGACUUCCAGCAUGUACAACACGAGCAUUACAAUGGACAGAAUUGCACAGUCUUAGAGAGUGUCUCCUAUUGGGGUAAGAAGAAGAACACCUACAAGCUGUGGGUGACAGAUGGUUCCGAUGGGCCUUUGCCAGUCCAUUAUGAAAUGAAAGGCUACAACACUCUCCUGGGCUCCCACUAUGACAAGUAUGAAAUAGAUUAUACCAGCUACUCUCACAGUUUCUCACCCAGCAUCUUUAAUCUCCCUCCUGGCAUCAAGUGUGCACACUGGCCAAGCUUAGGACCAGAACACAGGAUCUUGGCCAACCCAAUGCAAGAAUUCGUUGGGAGAACUGGAGAAGUCAGACAACACCAUGAGCAUCUGUUUCAUCACUACAAGAAAAAAUUCCAAAAGACCUACAAGAACAAAAAAGAGAUAGAGCACAGGCGACACAACUUCAUCCACAAUAUGAGGUACAUCCACUCCAAGAACCGAGCCAAUCUCUCCUUCAAACUGGCCCUAAACCAUUUGGCAGAUCGAACACCGGAAGAGAUGGCCGUGAUGAGGGGGAGGCUACAGACUGAGGAACCCAGGAAAGGGUGGGCGUUCCCAUCUGACAGCUACCGUGGUCUCCCCUUGCCAGAGAGCUUAGACUGGAGGCUUUACGGCGCCGUGACACCUGUUAAAGACCAGGCUGUGUGUGGAUCCUGCUGGAGUUUUGCCACAACAGGAGCUCUGGAAGGGGCCCUCUUUCUCAAGACAGGAGUGCUUACGCCACUAUCUCAGCAAAUCCUGAUUGAUUGCUCUUGGGGUUUUGGGAACCGUGCUUGUGAUGGGGGCCAGGAACCACAGGCAUUUGAAUGGAUUAUGAAGCACGGAGGGAUUGCCACCGCUGAGGCUUAUGGGCCAUACAUGGGUCAGAAUGGCUACUGCCACUACAACCAAUCGGAGCUGAUGGCACCAAUCACCGGCUUCGUAGCUAUUACCUCCCAAAACAUCAGUGACCUCAAAGCUGCUCUGUACAAGCAUGGCCCCAUCGCAGUGAACAUCGAUGCCUCCCACAAGUCCUUUGCCUUCUACUCCAAUGGCAUCUAUUAUGAGCCCAACUGUGGAAAUGCAACCAUGGAGUUAGAUCAUGCUGUCCUAGCUGUAGGCUACGGAGACCUCCAGGGGGAACCUUACUGGCUCAUUAAGAACUCUUGGUCUACAUAUUGGGGCAAUGAUGGCUACAUCCUCAUGUCCAUGAAGGAAAACAACUGCGGGGUGACUUCUAGUGCCACCUAUCCAAUCCUGGCCUAACAACAAUGGCUGUCACGUUCAGCAAAAGACAUCUGGUUGUAUUGUAUUAGAAAAUUCCAUAGCAAAAGGUCCUCAUU